AUGUCGUUCCUUGGUGGCGCCGAGUGCUCUACCGCGGGAAACCCGCUCUCACAGUUCACCAAGCAUGUGCAGGACGACAAGUCACUCCAACGGGACCGCCUUGUCGGUAGGGGUCCCGGGGGCGUGCAAGAGAGCAUGCGGUCAAGGAGUAUGAUGGGGGGGCAAGAUCAGAUGAUGGACGAGUUUGCCGCACAACAACCAGGCCAGAUUCCCGGGACAGCACCACAACCAUUUGCGAUGGAACAACUAAGGCGCGAGCUAGAUCACUUCCAGACCACUCCGCCGAGAACGGGGUCUCCCGGGUGGGCGGCUGAAUUUGAUACUGGCGAGCAUGCCCGGAUGGAGGCUGCGUUUGCCGGCCCUACAGGACCGCUAAUGAACAACGGGUCCGCAUUCACACCUGCAGAGUUUGCUCGCUUCCAACAACAGAGUCGGGUCGGCAUGCCACAAACGUCAAGCCCAGCCACGUCCGUGUCGCCGGUGAUGGCCGGUUAUCAGCGAAUGGGUAUGAUGCGCCCAUCCUAUACACCCAUGGGCAUGCAACAACAGCCCGCGGAGGCCGCUACUCAGGACAAGGGCAAGGGUCGCAUGGUCGAGCUCGAUGAUGAGAACUGGGAGGCACAAUUUGCCGAGAUGGAGACGGCGGGUAACCAGACGCUGGACGAUGAGGCCAACGCGGCGAUAGAGGCGGAGCUGAAUGAUCUCGAUAGGUCAGUCCCCACUACUGAUACCGGUAAUGCUCAAGAUUACGAUGCUUUUGAGAGCGUAUGGCAAAGACUGGGCGAUUACAUGUUCGAAGAGGAAAACGUGUUCCGGAAUGUGGCCAAUCCCUUUGAAGAAGGUGUCAAGAUCAUGCGCGAAGGUGGCAAUCUUUCCUUGGCCGCGUUGGCUUUCGAGGCCGCUGUUCAAAAGGAUCCUCAGCACGUUCAAGCCUGGACAAUGCUGGGAUCCGCACAGGCGCAAAAUGAGAAGGAGCUUCCUGCUAUUCGUGCCCUGGAACAGGCGCUGAAGAUCGAUCCCAACAAUUUGGACGCCCUCAUGGGGCUGGCUGUUUCGUAUACAAACGAAGGUUAUGACUCGACGGCUUACCGUACCCUCGAGCGUUGGCUGUCUGUCAAGUAUCCUCAGAUCAUCGAUCCUAAGGAUCUGUCGUCUGACGCAGACUUGGGCUUCACAGAUCGCCAGAUUUUACAUGAACGGGUCACCGAUCUGUUCAUCAAGGCGGCACAGCUGUCGCCUUCUGGCGAGCAUAUGGAUCCAGAUGUCCAAGUCGGGUUGGGUGUUCUCUUCUACUGUGCAGAGGAAUACGACAAGGCUGUCGACUGCUUCUCCGCCGCACUGGCAUCUACCGAGUCGGGCACGGUGAAUCAGAAGGAGCAGCUUCACCUUCUCUGGAACCGUCUCGGAGCUACACUUGCCAACUCCGGUCGCUCAGAGGAGGCUAUUCAGGCAUACGAGCAAGCUCUUACCAUCAACCCCAACUUUGUCCGUGCCCGGUACAACCUUGGCGUGUCCUGCAUCAACAUCGGUUGCUACCCUGAGGCUGCACAGCACCUCCUAGGCGCUUUAUCUAUGCACCGUGUCAACCAGAGCACGAACCUGUACGAUACGCUGCGGCGUGUGUUCAGCCAGAUGGGCCGUCGGGAUCUGGCUGAUAUGGUAGUGGCAGGGAUGGAUGUGAAUGUGUUCAGGAAAGAGUUCGAUUUCUAG